CAAAGUGGUUGCUAUGCUAGCAUCGCGCGUUGUUGCAAAGCGAGCCGAACGGCUGUGUGGUGUUAAACUUGCUGCUGGAUGCCCUUUACGAGAAGGAGUAGCACUUUCGUCGAAUCGUUUUUCUUCGACACCCGCCUACACCACUUCGUUGCUGCCGUCGAAUCGGUCGUCAUUACUGCCGAACUCUCCGGCUCUUCUUUCAUUCUUAUCCACCUUUCCCAAUUCUAAGGCAAUAAGAGACCCUCACGCCUUCCAGCGACAAUGUUUCCAACCGUCUCAGCCCUUUCUGAAUCAACAAUCGAUCCGAUGGAAGUCUUCCGUUAGCGCCCCCACGUCCGCUGCAAGUUCGGGAAAAUCUUCAAAUAGUAGUAGAUCUAGCGUCGAUGUAGUCCAAACCAGCACGAAGGAGCAGUUGGACUUGGAACGAUCCUCCGAUACUAGUAGUACUGCACAGAAGGAAGAAGAACGCAUCGACGAGGACACGAAACGUACAUUUCGGGAGCGAUACGACGACAACAGGCAGCAAUGGCGGGAACGCGCGUCAAAAAUUCGUACCAACGCUCGGGGGCACUAUGAUGAAUUUACGGAGCAUCCGGGACAAUCGGCACGAGCCGGUGCCAAAUCUGUGAAGGCCAUGUUUCAACAGUACGGACCCGUUUUUGUGGUCACGUACGGAUCACUGUACUUAACGACUCUCGGCUGCUUGUUUAUGGGAGUCCAGUCCGGCGUUUUGGAUCCAGCCAGUGUGUUUGGUUUUCUGGGACAAGCCGACGAAACAAAAGAUACCGUCCAAUUGGUGGUAGAUUUCAUGCAGCACCACAGCAUUACGCAGCCCUACGCACAUGUAGUGGAGAGCAAUCCGACGUACGCCAAUCUGGCAGUAGCUUGGAUUGCCACCAAGUUCACUGAACCGGUACGAUUGGCGGUUGCGUUACCGAUUACUCCAAAGAUUGCUCGGUAUUUGGGCUACGCCCCCAAGACUGCAGUAGAAAAAGUGGCAACUCUGGAACCAACGGAUACGGCUGGAACUAAUGAGAAGCCUGGCGCAAAAAAACCACGGCCGUCAUAGGAAAACAUGUACUCUGGAACCCUUGCCAAUGUGUAAUUCGGUACAGUUUUGGGGCUGUAAUCCAAAUGGUAACCGUUAUUUGGGCGAAUCACUGUUUUUGUAAGCCGUUUACUAACGCCUGUGCAGAGUUCUGCCAUUCAUCGCCUUUCCGAUCGUUGUACUGCAUUCAUUGGCUUUUUGACUCCUCCGGUUUUCCAGGUGAAUUCACUGUCACCUUU